GUCAGGCUCGCGGUCGCGGAGGAUGGCCGGCGCGCCGGUCGACGGGCUCAAGCACCGGUCGACGUCGACGAGCCGGCGACCGCGAGGGUGCUGCACGAGGAGGAAGAGAAGGAGGCGCCAGCGUGGCCUCCCUCCGCCUCCUCUCGGCCUCCUCCGCCUCCUCUCGGCUGCGAGCCGCCGUCUCAGCCGCUCCACGCUGCUACUAGGCUACUAGCUGGGCAGCUGGCUUCUUCCACCCCGCCGCGGCAGCGCCGGAGCCCCGGCGAGGUCCGACCCCGUCGACGCGGAAGCGAACCCAAGGAUGCCGCCGGUGGGCGCCCGACGCGGCCGGUGUCCGGCGUGGCCCGCCCCGUUCCGCCGCCUUGGCAGCGCGCGCGCGCGCCCUUCCGAGGGCGGCCGUAUGCCCACAAGGUGUUCAGGCUAGCUGCAACCGUGCGUGAUUUUACUUUGGCUUCACUUUUUUAUCCAUGGAUUUUAUAUUCCAGUUAGUAAUCCGAGUUCCUCUCUUAAUUUAGUUCAUCUAAGAAGACGUUGUCCUGUCCUUCGGGCAACCAUAUACCUGCAACGAUGUCUCGGAAUAGCUUCUAGUCCACUCCAGGUAUCUGUGCAAAAGCUUCAGGAUAUAUGUAUACAAAUGCACGCACAACAUGUCGGCUAUAAGUCUAUCUGCAAAUUCGAUCUCUUUCUGGACAACACAACAACAACAACACCACACCAGUACAUCACAAAGAAAAUCCCUGUGCCCACGAAAGAGAGCAAUUAAGGCAUGAGUGGGGGAGCGGAGAUGAUCGCAGGCGCUGUCGUGCAGCGUGUUGCCGGCAUGCUGGGUGAUAACGCCUGGGAGAGGAUCCAGCUGCUGUGGAACUUCCAAGAGGAUGUCCAAGAUAUGAAGAGCAAGAUGACUGACCUCAAGGUUGCACUUAGCUAUGCAGACAAGCACUCUAGAGAGACUGACGACGACGCAUUGGUGCUACGACAUUGGCUCAACAAGUACAAGUCUGUUGCCUACGACAUGGAAGACACGUUGGAUGAGUUGUUGACUAAUGCGAUGAUAUGGGAAAAUAACCCAUGCACGGUUAAAUUGUUCUUCUCAUCAAUCAACCCACUCAUUGUGCGCAUCACCAUGUCAAGUAAGAUGAGAAAUAUUCGGAUGAAGUUAGAUAAGAUUGCUGAGGACCAGAAGAAAUUCCCCUCUAUGCAAUUGGCUAACCCAACUGGACAAGACAGUACCGAUAAGUGGAGAGAAACCUUUAUUGGUCACACAGACGAAAUUGAGAUGGUAGGGAGGGCAAGAGAGAAGAAAGAGAUAUUAAUCAAGGUGUUGCAGAACGAUGGAGGCCAAGAAAUCUCUAUCAUUCCUGUUGUUGGCCUUGGUGGUAUGGGUAAGACUACAUUGGCCAAAGCUGUUUACACUGACAAGGAGACACAUAUGUUUGAUGUGAAAGCAUGGGUCCAUGUCUCAAUGGAAUUUCAGCUAAAUAAGAUUGUGUCUGGCAUUAUAUCUCAUGUAGAGGGCAGCACUCCAGCUAAUAUUGCUGAUCUACAAUAUUUAAAAUCUCAGCUGGAUCGCAUACUCUGCAACAAGUUAUAUCUCAUAAUCCUAGAUGACUUAUGGGAGGAAGGGUGGUCUAAGUUGGAGAAGCUGAUGGAAAUGUUGCAAUCUGGAAAGAAAGGAAGCAAGAUAAUAGUGACCACCCGUAGUGAAAAGGUUGUAAAUACAUUAUCUACCAUUCGUUUAUCAUAUUUUCAUACCGUUGAUCCAAUUAAACUGGUGGGUAUGUCAAUUGAUGAAUGUUGGUUUAUCAUGAAGCCUCGCAAUAUGGAAAAUUGUGAAUUCUCUGACCUUGUAGACAUUGGAAAAGAAAUUGCACAACGAUGCAGUGGAGUACCUCUAGUUGCUAAGGCUCUUGGUUAUGUGAUGCAGAAGCACCGCACAAGAGAAGAAUGGAUGGAAAUUAAAAAUAGUAACAUUCUGGAUACCAAGGAUGAUGAGGAAGGAAUUCUGAAGGGUUUGCUGCUAAGCUAUUACCACAUGCCUCCACAACUUAAACUUUGUUUCAUGUACUGCUCUAUGUUUCCUAUGAGCCACGUUAUAGAUCAUGAUUGCUUGAUCCAGCAAUGGAUUGCUUUAGGAUUUAUUCAAGAUACUGAUGGGCAACCACUUCAGAAGGUUGCUAUGGAAUAUGUUAAUGAAUUAUUGGGGAUGUCCUUCCUUACAAUCUUCACUUCUCCUACAGUGCUGGCUUCAAGGAUGUUAUUCAAGCCCACACUCAAACUUCAUAUGCAUGAUAUGGUACAUGAGCUUGCAAGACAUGUUGCUGGUAAUGAAUUCUCUCACACAAAUGGUGCAGAAAACAGAAAUACUAAAAGGGACAAUUUGAAUUUCCACUAUCAUUUAUUGUUAAAUCAAAACGAGACAUCAUCAGCCUAUAAGUCUUUGGCAACAAAGGUCAGGGCCCUGCAUUUUAGGGGAUGCGAUAAAAUGCAUCUUCCUAAGCAAGCAUUUUCACAUACAUUAUGUUUGAGAGUUUUGGAUUUGGGUGGACGCCAAGUGUCAGAGCUACCAAGUUCUGUUUAUAAACUAAAGCUAUUAAGAUAUCUUGAUGCUUCUAGCCUUCGUAUCUCAAGCUUUUCUAAAUCCUUCAACCAUCUAUUGAACUUGCAAGCCUUGAUACUUUCAAAUACUUACCUAAAGACAUUGCCCACAAACAUUGGUUGCCUCCAAAAGCUGCAAUACUUUGACCUAUCAGGGUGUGCCAACCUUAAUGAGCUUCCCACCUCUUUUGGGGACCUUAGUAGUCUUCUCUUCCUAAACUUAGCAAGUUGCCAUGAAUUGGAGGCGCUUCCAAUGUCCUUCGGCAAUCUGAAUAGACUUCAGUUUCUGAGCCUAUCAGAUUGCUACAAACUCAACUCACUGCCAGAAUCUUGUUGUCAACUUCAUGAUCUGGCACAUCUUGAUCUGUCGGAUUGCUAUAACCUUGGAAAGCUCCCAGACUGCAUUGAUCAACUCUCUAAGCUUGAGUAUUUGAACAUGACAAGUUGUUCCAAGGUUCAAGCGUUGCCCGAGUCUCUAUGCAAGCUCACGAUGUUAAGGCAUCUAAAUUUGUCAUAUUGUCUAAGGCUAGAAAAUCUGCCCUCAUGUAUUGGUGAUUUACAGCUUCAAAGUUUAGACAUUCAAGGCUCCUUUCUCCUUAGAGACCUGCCGAAUAGCAUUUUUAACAUGUCCACACUUAAAACUGUUGAUGGAACAUUCACAUAUUUAGUAUCUUCUAAAGUAGAAAAACUGAGGGAGAAUCUGAAAUUGGAAGGCUGUUGUAAGCUGGAUGGAGGAAGCACUGACCUAUGCAGUCGGAUUACGGAACUAAAAAAGACACACUGCCAUGAAUUAGAGAUACAAGGUCUUGAGGAUUUUAAGCAUUUGGAAGGGAUAGAGCAUGCUAUACUUCUCAACAGCUUGAAGCUUACAAAGUUGAUUUUUUCAUGGCAACCGAAGCAGUAUACAAAUGAAACGGCUCAUCACAAAACGGUGCUUGGGAUGCUCGUGCCUCCUAGAAGUGUCCAUCACCUUGCUAUCAAAGGUUAUUGUGGCAUCGAGUUACCUAAGUGGAUGUUGGAUAUUCGUUCCUACCUACCUCAUCUUACCACCAUCUUUCUGCACGGUCUGAUGGAAUGCAACCGCCUCCCUCCACUUGGGUGCCUACCACACCUGAGAGCAUUGUUAAUGACCAAAAUGCCUAAAAUCAAGAGUGUUGGUCCAGAAUUUUAUGGAGACUACGGAAGCUGCCAGAAGCUAAGAAUGAUUAUCUUGGCUUCAAUGGACAAUUUGGAAGAGUGGUGGACAACUAGAUCAUCUAAACAAGAUAACGAAUUAUCAUUAAUCCCUGAUUUACAGAUGUUGUGGGCUUCCGAUUGUCCAAAGUUGAAAUUCCUGCCUUAUCCACCAAGGAGCUUGACAUGGUUCAUAGAGAAUAGCAAUCACGUGUUGCCAGAACAUGGGUUUGGGAACCUUACAUCUGCUACUUAUCCACUUCAUCUUUCCAUCGAGCGUGCACCCAAUUCUCGCGAAAUGUGGCGUAGGGCUCAGCACCUUUCUUCAAUCGAGUCUCUUACUCUCAUGUCUAUAGCUGGCCUUAGAGCCCUGCCAGAGGCUAUUCAGUGCUUCACGUCCCUCUGGAGACUCAGUAUAUUGGGAUGUGGUGAGUUGGAGACGCUGCCGGAAUGGCUAGGAGAUUAUUUCACUUGUCUGGAAGAGAUUUCGAUCGACACUUGCCCAAUGCUGUCUUCACUGCCGGAAAGCAUACGACGCCUCACUAAGCUGAAGAAGUUACGGAUCACCAACUGCCCUGUAUUGUCAGAGAAGUGCCAAGGAGAGGACAGGCACAAGAUUGCUCAUAUUCUAGAGCCCAUAUUCCUGUAAAAGAAGCUCCCACCUAGAUCAGCAGGCAUACAGGCCGAGAUGUAGCAUGCAUGGUUGGCUGAUACUGUUAGCAGGGUAAGUUUACAAAACUUUUAAGGUAAUAUGAAAAACUAUUUGAUCUUUCACCAGCGGAUCUAUAUUUGAACUAGAGGGCUGGGACCUCAUACGUGCAGGCAAUUGGACCGUAAAGCGAAAGCGGCUGCUUAUGUACAUAUAUUCCUCGACUACAUAUGCUGCUUGUGCCACUACCAGACUUCAUACUUCAGAGCUAUCCUGAGGGUGGUUAUUUUUCCGUGAUUUGUUGGUCACUUUUUGGCUAUUGAAAUACUUGGGCUGGUAUAAGCAUCAUAAAUUUCGCUUUUGCAUCCAAAGAAGUUGUGCAUUAACAGUAGCACCCGUUAAUUUUCAGGAAAUUAAGUGAGGUUACCUUGCCCAGGCUCUGCUAGUAGCAAAGAAUCUUGAGACUUAUUGAUUAAAGGUUCUUGUAACAGCAAACUGGAGAUCUAAACCACUGGAUUUCCGUUGGCACUUGUCUCUCUUGAAGAAACGAAAGGGUUGGCUCAGUUGUCGUUCAUCACUCUCAGUGGCUGCUUACCAGGCUGGAUUAAAUCUCGAUAUCUGUUUGUCAGUAAGACAAGUUAGCAGAUGGGUAAGCAUGAUGCCCAUUUCCUUUUUAUUUUCACGCAGAUAUGCUUCUUGAGUUGUUGCUGUGUUGUGUUCUUAGUAUGUUGUAUCUGCACAAGUAUAUGAUGAUGGUGUGAAUAGUAAUGAACAAAGUGCAUAUACCUUGUAAACAGAGAUUUUCUGGCCCAUUGUAAUGGUUGUGAUAAUCAUUUAUGCAUUUGUUCGUUGGCAACUGAACAGUA